CGUAACGCGUCUUAUCUAUCUAAUCUCCAUUUCUUUCCUUCUCUAGCCUCAUCUUCUCACUUUUCAUCCCAAUCUCUCCAAAGAACGCCAAUGGAACAAGUCGAAAUUGACUGGAAGAACAUCGUCUCCCAUUACGAGCUCGACGAGGUUUACGAGCGCAUCAACGCCCCCAAAUGGAUCGAUUUCUCCGCCCCCGAUGCCGCCGUUGAUGAUGUCGCCUGGUUUUGCCGCCCUGAUUGCCGCCAUCCCAUCACAUACGAGGAUUUUGACCGUUGGAACCCUAGCCCCAAGGUGAAGCUGUUGAGAUCCAAUUUAGACGCCAUUCAAGCUGGCAACCAGAGCAACAAUCAGAGGAAUGCUAAUUUGAAGAUGCGAGGUGGAAUUGCUUCAUUCUUCCCAUCGCCGAGUAAGCACAAAUUAAAUUCUAGAAAUGUCAGUGAAGAUCUCGAGAACCAGAAUCCGAACAUGGAAACUACUCCGCUGAUGAUGAAAGCAAAGAAAAUAAAUGCUGCGGCGAAGAAGGAACCCAUUAAAUCUAGCGCAGAAAAGAAGGGGGGUGUUGCUGACGAAGAGAUGAGAGAAACCCCAAGGAAAGUAUCGCCACCUCGGCCUCGCCUUAAGAGCACUUUCUCAGCGAGGAAUCUUUUCUCCGGGAAGGAUAUCUUGAGCCAGAUUUCUGAGUUCUGCCAUGAACUGAAGAAGCUGGCUGCUGGAAAAGAUUCAGCUGCCAUUACCGAAGAGGAGAAGAAGGACAGGAUGAGGAAGAUAUUAGAAGAAGACGGUAAAGCUGCUUCGAAAGAGAAUGCGGAGGAAGAGAAGGCACUGAUUUCCACCAAAAAAACAACCAGCCUGAAGAAGAAAUGUAAACUGGCAGUAAAGUUUGAGGGCAAUGAAGAGAAGAAAAGCAAGAUUCUGAAAGAAGCAAGAGCUCGCCCUCCAACUCCUCAACGAUUUCCUUCGCCUUCCAGUCACCAUCAUCAUCAGCUCAAGAGUUCAAAAGCCUUUGCAAAUUCUAUAUCUUCUUCCUCACCUCUCAGCAAAAUUCCUAAAUCCAAAAGUCCAGAUAGAGGUGCGCUUCAGGAGCUGGAUCAAAGAAGGGAGAAAAAGAAGCUUGAAUUGAUUACAAAGAGUGAAGAAGAAUGCAACAGAGCUUCUGUUGUUUCUGAAGCAGAGGAGAGUACAGUUGAUCUGUUCUGGUGA